UCCCGCGGCCUCCUGAAAUUCCAGGAUGUCCUGGAAUUCUCCUGGAAUUUGAAAAAAACCCAAAAGUCCUGGAAUUCUCCUGGAAAUUCAAAAUUUCAGAAAAUUUCUCCUGAAAUUUUGAAAAAUCUCCUGGAAUUUUCACGCGUAACAAAUUUUUCGUGAAUUUGCGUGCAUUUUCGGUAUUUUGUUUACGCCGCCGCUUAGAGUUUCCUUUUCCGUUUUUUUUUAAUUCUGCGCACAUCGGAUGUUGGUUUAAAACUAGAUUUAGCCUUGGUCUAUAUAAGGGUCCGUCUGGCGGGAUUUUCGAUUAUUCAAGUGUCAGCUCUUGAGUUUGAUUCUUCGGAUGUUCAUUCAUAGAUCUAUUUCAUUUUUACUGCGUCACUGUGAGAAAUUUCUCGAUUUCAGUUGUGAACUAUUGUGUUUUCAUUUCAAUUUAACAUUUCAUUAUGCCGAAAUAUACCACUUCGUUCAAACCUGCAUGGUUAGAGAACGAUUUGUAUAAAUCAUGGCUACAACAAACCUCAGCAACCAAGGCAUAUUGUCGGUUAUGUGCCAAAUCGAUAGACGUUUGUAAUAUGGGAGAGGCAGCAAUCAAAUCGCAUAUGAAAUCAAGCAAGCAUGUACAGCUUGAUAAUAAGUCUUCUGGUUGCAUGACUGUUGCCUCUCUGUUCAAGAAAGCUGUUGUUGUGCCUACUGUAACCCCUUCACCAUCGGCAGCCGCAGCAUCCCAGCUUGAAGUUACAGCUGUAGCUGAAAAGUCAUCAUUACCCUGUCCUGGUCCAUCAACUUCGAAGUUGCCACAGGCUCAAACCACAAUGAAAACUCAUGUCACCAGUGAGCAAACAUUGUCUGCUGAGAUUUUAUGGGCCUUAAAAGCAGUAUGUUCGCAUUAUUCAUUUAACAGCUGUGCAGACAUUUCUAGCCAUUUUUAUCGAAUGUUUCCGGAUAGUGAAAUUGCUAAGAAGCUUUCCUGUGGGCCGGAUAAAAUGGCAUACAUGGUGUCUUUUGGACUUGGGCCAUAUUUUCAUGAGUUGCUGAAGGCCAAACUUAAAAGUUUAGAUGAUGGUUUCAUCCUUUUGUUUGACGAGGCCCUCAAUCGGGAGCUCAGCAAGAAACAGAUGGACAUACACGUUAGACAUUGGGAUGAUGACAAGGUCAUUACAAGGUAUCAUGGGUCUGCCUUCCUGGGACAUGCAACAGCUCAAGAUAUGUUUCAAAAAAUAACAAGUCUUUUUGACUUUGACCAGAGCAAAGUUGUUCAAAUCUCCAUGGAUGGACCCAAUGUCAACUGGGCUUUACUGAAACUGCUCUCGGCUGAGUUAAAACAUGUUUCUGCAAGAGGUUUUAUCGACAUUGGUAGUUGUGGUCUGCACACCUUACACAAUGCCUUUCGUUCUGGGCUUGUGGCAUCUAAAUGGGAGUUAAGUCACUUCUUCUCCUCUCUCUCAUGGUUGUUUAAAGAUACUCCGGCACGCCGUGAAGACUACACGAGACUCACUGGUAGCAGCGAUUUCCCCCUGGAUCAUUGCCCACAUCGCUGGGUGGAUAAUGUUAUGGUAGCAGAGAGGGCAUUAAAAGUUUGGCCACACGUCAAGCAAUUUAUAAAAUCCCUUUUGGCAGAAAAAAAAGCACCAAACACCAAGUCUUUUGAAUUUUUGCAGAAUUGUUUGAAUGACCAUUUUUUAACUGCAAGGAUUGAGUGUUUUAUUUCAAUUGCCAAGACUUUGCAGCCAUUCCUUAAAAAAUUUCAAAGCGAUGCCCCCAUGCUGCCAUUCAUGGCACAUGAGCUUUUUAACCUUUUGCGAUCCCUGCUUCAGAGGUUUGUUGCACCAGAAGUUUUCAAGAAAGAAUGCUCAUCAGUUGCAACACUGCUGUGUUUAGACAUGUCAACAACAAAAAAUCUUUUACCACCGUCUGAUGUUGACAUUGGCUUCAAAUCCAAAGCUGCAGUCAAAGAAAUUAAAACUAAAGUGAGUCAAAGGGAUAUUUUCCAAUUCCAAAUGGAAAGCAGGGAUUUUUUAAAAGCAGUUGUGACAAAGAUUAUAGACAAAACACCCAUUAAGAACAAGAUUGUUCAGAAUUUGGAUUGGCUGCAACCCAAAUGUAUUGUUAAUGAUUGUCAAACUUGUGUCAAGCAUGUAGGGGGAUUGUCAAAUGUCAGCAUCAGUAGUGGGCUGCUCAUUGCAGCUGCAGGUGCCAGGACGAAAUAUCGUUUGUUUUUGGAAGAAAAGGCAGAGCUGGAGAAACAGAAGUCUAAUAAACAAAAGAGGGAUGACAGCCAACAGGAGCUGGAUGGGUUGAAGACGAAAAAAGCCAGGUUGGAGAAAGACAUUAGCAGCCUGACUGAAUCUGCUGAUAAAUUGGCUGAAAAGGCUGAAAAUACAAACAGCCACAAGUUUCUUAUUGAGUCUAACGCCAUGCGUCGGGCUGCCAAAAGCAAGAAUGAGCAACUGGCAGCUAUUACUUUAGAAAUACAAUCUAAAGUGAUAGAAAUUGGCAGCUUGUAA